CUGAGUUUUACUUUGACUUGAAGAUACAGACUGGUGUUUGGUGAUGACUGACUUGGUGCAGAGUUGUGAAGUCAUCGCCAGACAGGGCUCUUCUGAGCGACAUAGAGUGAAUGAUGAAGUCAAUUGAUGAAUGCUGUCGCCUGAACAGAAUCUGUAACUUACAACACAUGGGUGAAGAAAAUGAAGUUUGCUUGUUCUACCGUCAUGGUUAUUGUCCGUCUUUGUUCACUCAUAUGGUGGUGGUGUGCAUGGGUGAAGGCAGUGGCGACAGCCUCAUGAACACCAUAAGAUCCCUUAUUGUUCUAGCAGUGCCGACUUUCCAUGAGUACUUAUAUAACCAAGAUGAUAUUACCUCCAAUGAAGUCAUCUUUCUUCCUUCACCAACAGUUUUGAGAUCCGUAAGGCAGAGGAUAUCACUAACAGACCAACACACACACCACCAGGACCCUCGCCCAUCAUGCCUAGCAAGCGCUCAACCCGCAAAGUCGGCUUUCUCGACGCCCUAGGCCAAUGGACAAUGGGUCCCUCCCAACGUCGCAGCCGCCGCUGCCGUCGUCACCCACGAAGCACAUCCGCAACCCGCGAAGCUCGUCUCGCAAACGCCCCUCCGGAGCUUAACCUCACAGCCGCUCAAUGGCGUCACUACGCUGACGUCCCUCCUGAACCGCAGGAUGAUUGUGACUGCACUGACUGCGGCGAGGAGUAUUCUGACGAUGAGCGCAAGCCUCUUACGGGUGUUGAACCGGUGCAGAAGAUUUGUUCCAAGUGGUCGCAUUCUUCGGGGUCGGCUGUUACGCGUGAACCUACGGCUGUUCAUAGAGAUUCGGGUUUGAAUCGUAUUUUGGGGAGGGUCGAGGCGGAGACGGCGGAGGAGCAGAGGCUUAGACAUCGGGUGAGUUAUGAUGCUGAUAAUGAUGCGCUCUUUGCGAAUAUUCCUCGUCGGGAUCAGAGGAAUGCAGGUGAGAUUGUAAUCCAUCGUCACAGACUCGGCGACGGGGAUGAUUAUCUUGCGGUCGAGACCUUUGGACACAGUGAUGUCAACCAUGGCGACAUUGGAGCCAGUGAUUUGAGCCACCGCAACACAGAUGUUCAAUCAGUUCGCUCAUCGCAGUUCUUUCUCAAUCCUCGUGAAGCACCCCCCGUGCCACAGGAUAACUGGCCUCGACCGCUUCAGCAUAUCCCCGAGAGCUCACAGACGAGAAUUCAGUCUUGGAGAGAUUGCGUCAAGGAUGAGCCGGAGCCUUCGGUGUUUGGGGGCAGUAAUGCUCCGACGGUUUGGCCGGGGAGCGGAGAGACGGUUGUGCCGGAUGAUAGUCUGACGGAGGUUGUUAUACGGAAUAGUCGGAGAUCUUCGCGGAGGAAGUGAGUGAGUGAAGCUGGUCUUUGCUGUAGAGUCUUGAGAUUUGCACUGGAGUUGAGGUAAGUCUUUGGUGUAAGUCGGAGAGAAGACGGUAAGUAUUGAUAGCUAGGUCUUAGUGAGAGGCCUAGACUGAGCCUGUCUGAUGCUGACGCUGAGUGAUGUGGUCGUAGUAAUGAUUGUAAGUGGAUGGCCUCAGCUGACGAGGGAUUGACAUGGCAGACUGAUAGACAGAUGCCAAUACUGGUGGCGCUCUAUUGUCCCAGGUAGUAUAUGGAGCGAUAUCAAUUGAUUGGCGAGUUUGUUACCAAGUGUUGUACUAACUGAAGCCAAUUGAGAACAAUACAAAGAAAUAUUGAAGCUUGACUUAC